AAAACAGACCGAUGGGGGGAGCAGGAACUAAAAACACACUCAUUUUCCACAACUCUACAUUUACAGAUAAACAAAUAGCUGAGUCAAAUUCACAGUGUCAUUCUUUCCUCCUAGAGGUGAUCUUUGGCAAGAGGGUUCAAAAUAUUGCAGGUCAGCAGUCGUUUUAGCAAAAGGACAUGUUUACCCAUCCUGACUGGUACAGCAGCUUUGUAUUUACACCCAAACACUGCAGUCAGGCAAAGAGCAAGUACACAAACACAUGUGAAAGUCACAGUUGAUCACAGUUGAAGUAACAAUUCAGUACCAUAGUGACCCAUUCAAGGAUUUAAUAUCUAAACUCUGUGGCAGCUAUGUCUCGGAAUGUGAUCCAGGUGCAGCCUGUAAGCAGGGCUCAUUCGGCGGAUCAGUGGAGCACAGGCCUGUGUGAGUGCCAUAAAGACAUUGGAGACUGCUGCUUUGCCAUGUGCUGCCUCCCACUGUUUGCCUGUAAAGUGACCAACGCAGUGGGUGCAUGUCCCUGUCUCCCCCUGCUGGACUGUAUCAGCUGCGUACCACCGGCCUCUUUGGCCAUGAGGGCUUCUGUCAGAGAAAGAUAUGGAAUAAAGGGGAGUGUGUGGAGUGACUGCCUGUAUGGAUGUUGCUGCUACACACUAUCCUGGCUCCAGAUAUCCAGAGAGCUAAAGAGAAGAGCAGCAGUCCACGCUUCGUCCUCCUCUAUGUCAACCAAAUACACAUCCCUGACCUCACUGCAGGGGGCGCACUUGGUCUAGAUAUGGGCAUAUUCAGAUCAUGACGGUGUUUCUUUUUUCUUAUUAGGCUUUUUAUGCCGCUUGCAGAACAUGGGCUGGUCUAAUCACAUUUCCUCCAAGCCACAGCCUCUUCCUGUUGGUUUCAGCAAUUCAGCAGUGUCACAAUCUCUCUCAAUGAGUGCAAAAGGUCACUUUGUUCACUGCUGAGAGCAGUGAGAAAACGAGUGCAAGUUUGGCCUACGUUACAGGGCUGAAACCAGUUUGCUUGUCAUUUUUAGACACUGACAUGGAGGGUAUGGGGCGGGGGUGACAAUAUGUUUUCGAUGUGAAAUCCGAUUAGGGUGAGAGCACAUAUUUUCCAUGAAAGUUUGCUCAUGCACACUGUCAUUAACAUGUUUUAAAUUCCUGUGAUGUCAUUGGUUGAAAUCCGUACUUCCAAAACAAAGUGUUUAGUUAUUAUAAAUGAUCCUUGUUUGCUGUUUGCUGAAGGUACAAAAUGAUACAACACAAUGUGACAUCAUCAUUCAUGGACUGUACAUGUGCAGAACUUGAUUGUUUUCUUAAUUUUGUGGUGAAGUUAAAAAGGAAGAAACCCUUCAUUUUUGCAUUAUUCUGUCCAGAGUGAUACAAUACUGUAAGAAUUAGUUAGACCUGACCUGAUCAAACAGAGGCUCGUAGGUCACAUAUGAUCCACAGACAACCUCAGAGCGGCCCAGUCAGUGGUUAUUUAAGAAAUGCACAGCGAAGCUAAAUUUCAACAGAUGACAGACCAACAAUCCAAACUUGCAUAGCUCAGCAUCAUUCAAACUACAAUGCAUCCCUUGUGUCUGAAAGUGUUCAAAUAACAAAUGCAAAAAUUAUCAAUCAAAAGCAUCAGCUUAACCCUGUAUGGACUGAGUUGUUUUGUUUUGUUUUAUUACACAAUGUUUAGAACCUUAAAAUAAACUACUUUAUUUUGCA